UUAAUAUGGUACGCGUUUUGGAAACACCCCACUGCCAAUCGAGCACAAUGACGUUGGAGAAGCACACCUACGCGCUUUUUGGCAACCGAACGCUCCACGUGGGUUACUACACGGACGUGAAGAACAGUCAGGCGCUGCGACAAGGUCUGCUGGAUAAGAAAUUCGACGUCGCACUGAUCAAUGCACACCUGAUCGCGGGCCCGUUCCAGAUUCAUGCUGCUGCCUCGCGCGCUCUGCUGUGCGAUGCGUCUAGCCGCUUGACCACGCGCAGUCUACACGCCGAACUGGUCUUUAAUAUGUCUGGAUCACGCAACGUAUCCGAAUCCUUUAAGCGAUUCGGUGUCAAUGACGACACUACAUCGCUCGUGGUCUGCGUAGUCGAUGCGGACGAUGAGACGCUGAAGGAGGUGGAGACACUGGUGGAAGGCAUGCAGGUGCCGUUCGAAGAGCUCGGUACGCACCUGACUGACGGAGACAUCAAGCUUAUCAAGAAGUUCUACAAGAUCUCGGAGCAGGAGCUAAAGCAGUCGUCGCUCGUCGACGCCGCCACAUGCAGAAUAGCGACCAAGAGCUGCAGCAAGUAAGGCGGAGGAUAGAACGCUUCAUUGAUGAAAAUAAUGUCUCGCGUUUGUUAGAUCAACUGAUGCAUUGCUUUGCUAUGGUAUCAGAGUAGCUCGUACACUUUGUUGAGUUUAGCUACUUCUUGCAUUUCGUUGUCGUUGUCAUCCUUCAAUAAUUCUCCCAAACGCUUGAUUACCCAAG